AUGGAGACUACUGGCUACGCACUCGUCGUUGGCGGGGGAAGUGGGAUAGGCAAGGCCUGUGCUCUGCUGUUUGCCAAAGAAGGUGCGGCUGGCGUUAUCGUUGCCGAUCUAGAUGUGUCCGCCGCCGAGACCGUGGGCGCUCAGUGCGUUCCAGUGGCGUCCAACCCCAAGUUUCGCGCCGAAGCCAUCCAGGUCGAUAUCACGAAGGAGGAUUCGGUCAAGCGUGCUGUUGAUAAGGCGGUACAGGCUUUCGGCCGCAUCGACUAUUGUGUCAAUUGCGCAGGGAUUGGCGUCCAACAAGGGACCGACAUCGUCAGCCUCUCGUUGGCUGAUAUCAAGCGCUUCAUUGAGGUGAACACCAUCGGCACGUUUCUCGUUACUCGCGAGGUCUCGGCCGUGAUGCGAAGCCAGGAGCCCGUCACGAAUUCUUCAUCGUCGGCGACCAAUCGCGGCGAAACCCGCGGGGCGAUUGUCAAUCUGGGCUCUGCUUCCUCCAAGGUUGCGGCACCGGGCGUCCUGCCCUACACGGCAUCCAAGCAUGCAGUUCUGGGUUUGAGCAAGAACGCAGCUCUGGACAAUGUGGAUCAUGGCAUCCGGGUGAAUUGCGUGUGUCCAUCAUGGGUGGAUACCCCGAUGGUCCAGGAGGCUGUGGCGGGGGUGGACGGGCUGGCCGAUUUCAUCAAGGCGGCGGUCCCCAUGGGACGCAUUGCCCACCCCGAGGAAGUGGCCGACGCGGUGAUCUUCCUGUGCAGCCCCCUCACCGGCCUGAGCCGCGUCGUGCGGCACAUCACCGGCCACGACGCGCAAGGCCAGUCCGUCUUCCUGGCCACCGACAACGGGGACCACCACCGGGUCCUGGGCGAGCAGCAGGCCAUCGGCAAUAUCAUCUACUCGACCAACCAGAGUCCCGUGGAGCUCAACGACGAUGUCGAUAUCAAGUACGCCCGCGAGAAUGAGCCAGGAAUCCACGUCCACAACGGCACGGUCGCCCGCCUCAUCGACUUCGCUCCGGGCGUGGAGUCCCCCCUCCACCGCGCCGUCAGCCUGGACUACGGCGUCGUGAUCGAGGGCGUCUUCAAGCUGGUGCUGGACUCCGGGGAGGAGCGGCUCAUGCGCCCCGGCGAUACCUGCGUCAACCGCGCGACGGCGCACAAGUGGAUCAAUGUGACGGGCAACGGCACGCUGCCUGGCCGGAUGCUGUUUAUCUUGUUGGAUGUUAACCCGGUGUUUGCGGGCGGGAAGCAGUUGGAGGGGUAUCUGGGGACCUUGGCGAAGGAUUAUGAGGGUCGUUAG